CAAACGCAAUUGCGGUAGGCGACAACAAUAACGUAAACGGAGGUGCGAAGCGGUAGCAAUAAAAAUAGCGCAGGAAGCGAUUCUACGAAGGUCCUCCUAUGUUCAUGCCAACGGGAGGGGGUGGGAAGGGAAACAGACCACAGUCAACACACCAGCAGAACCACAACCACCAGACCCAGCACCACCAGACGUCACACGGACACUCGCAUUCGCACCACCAUCAUCAAAACCAGUCGCAGCAACAGCCGCCGCAACAACAGCAACAAGCACGCAUCUCCCAUCUGCAUCAGCAACAGGAUCAGCAGCAACAGGCGGCGCACGCAGUGUUUGUUCCACAGCAGAGCGGCGUAUCGAAUCUCGGUAAUCUUCAUCAUCACCACCACGCCCUACCGCAACAGCAGCAGCUGCAGCAGCAGCAACAGCAACAGCACCAACAGCAACAGCAGCAGCAGCAGCAGCAGCAUCUUCAGCAGCAGCAACAGCAGCAGCAUCAUCUACAACAACAGCCGAUUAUCUUCUAUCCCAGUCAACCACCGUCGGCAUUGCCAUAUGUGAACCACGCGCAGCAUUCGUCCAGCAGCAGCAGUAAUGGCAGCAGCGGUGGCGCCGCUCUUCAACUGAGUGGCGCCGCCAGCACUAGCUCGCUGGGACAUGCCCAUGGCCAUAAUCAUCAUAGCCAUGGUCAUGGUCACGCGCAUGCCAAUGGCGUCCUUACGCCAACCAGCAGCAAUACAAGCUUGGUGUGCGCCCUUAGCAAUUCGACGCUUCCGCCGCACUAUACGCAAUCAGCUGGUCUGAUCGCGCCCCCUGGCAGUAAUGGGGCUGGGGCCGGCACCACUUACAUUUCGACAGCCUACUUGCCCUUCAAACAUCCCGGACAAAUGGCCAUGGCGUUCGCAUCUAACGGAGGUUCUGCAGCGCCCGCUGGCGCAUUCUAUGCGGCAUCAUCUCAACAAAAACAACAGCUGCCCGCUGGCCAGCAGCACGGCGUGACCGCUGGGCCGGCAGCAAAUACAGGGCAACAGCAGCCCAUAGCCUACUAUCACACGGCGUUGCCGCCAGCGCCGCUCAAUAACAACAACAGCAACAGCAGUGCGGUAGGCGGCGGAGGUGGCAAUGGCACACAUCGUGGUAAUAUGCGUGGCGGGCAGCGUUCGACGCCGCCCCAACAGCCCUACUUUACUUACGCAGUACCCUCGGCAGCGCCUCAGCCGCGUCCUGCUUUGGUCAACAACGCCGCAGCGGCGGCUGUUACGCCCAUUUUGAAUCCGCGCAGCACUCCCCUUAACGGGACAGCGGCAUUUCACAUUCCACCGGCAUACUGCUCGAACAUACCGAUAGUACAGCAGCCCAGCUUAAGUACGGCUCCAAUGCUAGCGGCCGCUGGUAUGACAGCAGCUCCGGCGGCUCCCACAACCGGGCUGCAUACGUAUCCACCUCAUUUGCAGAGCACCAGCGCCACAGCUGUGGGUGCUGUUGCGGGUGUGGCUGGAGCUUUUUCGUCAACCUCGCUGACGACGGCCGCCCAGCUGGCUGGCGCUGAUAAGGUGAAGGAGCGCAAGCAUGCGAUACCCAUCAUACAUCCAGACACAAAGGAGAAUGUCCUGGAUCCCAAUUCAUCGGUUUUCAUAAAAAAAGACUCCAACUGCACACUCACAUCAAGCACGGGAAGCGACAGCAGCCUUCCUCAAUACCAAACAACCGGUAUAUCAGAUUCAGGCUCCACAACUGCUUUAAUUACCGGCGUCAUGGUGGAUCAUCAAAUGCAAACGGAGAAAGCAUUGCAACCGGUGGGCACCUGUCAUUCAAUUGCAGUUGCAACUGCAACUGGAGCACUCCCAUUGACUGAUGAAGACAAAGUCAGCGUCAUUGUCAAGGACAUACUGGCCCACUCCGGCAAUCCGGACGAACACCUUAGCUUUUGGCAGUACAAUGACGUGGAUAACCCCUCAGAGAAUGCAACUGAGUCACCUUGCGGCAACUUGAACGUUAAUUUCGAUGAUUUGUCAACUGCAGCAGCUGGCAGUACAAACGUCCCAGUGCUAUUCAAGGAAUCGCUAACGACCAAGAAACAGCGUCCCAAGUCGGCGAACAAGCAAAGUACAGCCACGCCCACAUCUAUAGCCAAUGCUGUGGCAGAAGCAUCAACCAGCAGCAGCAAGAGUAUUAGUAUUCUAACUAGUAUCAAACCUACUUUAGCGCCACAACAACAGCCGCACCAGCAACCGCUCUUGCAGAAUCCAGCGAAACCAAUGAGCAUUAACUUAGGAUCUGAUACGACUCCGGCUAGUCCCUCAAAGAUGAUGAAACCGAAACCUGCUGGCCAGUACACCCAGCAGUUGCAAGCAAAAGUUGAACUGCCGCUUUUGCCUUCGACUUCUUCAUCAGCAACGUCGACGCCCACGCACCUGCCGAAAGCACAACCGCUUCAACUGCCGAAGCAAGUUAUUAGCGUCAGAGGAACACCAGCAGGAUCAGGCACAGGACGACCGCUAAGUCCAAGUCCUGCACGCGCAGCUUCGUACAGUGCAGCGUCAUCUGCUUCAGUGUUGCCUCCAAACAAUAUGAGCCGGAAGAGUCAGCGAAAGGCUCAGAAGCGCAAGGAGCAGGAGAAGAAAAAGCAAAAGGCUUCAGCUAACAUCACAAGCACCGCAGCGGCCAACAGCGGUUGCAGCGGCAGCGGUGGCGGUGGCGGCAGCGGCAGUAACGUGACCAACAACAAUAAUAAUAAUAAUGGCAGAAGUGGCGCCACAAGUAGCUCAAAGAGCAACGGCAGCAAUAACAACAAUGCUGCAGGUGGCGCUGACACCAUCAUCACAUAUGUGACAACAACUAAAGCGACGGCCGCAGUCGCGUCCGCAAUGCUGGACAAAGCGGCAUCAACGAUGACUGAUAAGCUUAGUGCAACUAGUAAUAAUUCUAGCUUAAGUUCUAGCGUAAGAGACAAGAAACCCAAAGAUCAACAGCAGCAGCAGCAGCAUUCAAGCAACAACAAUGACGAUGCAGCUGCCUGCGAACACAGAUUAGACUACAAGGAUGAUGCAGCACAACAGCUAGACAAGCACAUGGCCAAUGAGGACAUUGUAGCAAAGUUUCUUCAAAAGAGUUUUGACGAUGCACCCAGUCCACCAGAUACGCAGCUGGAGUUUCUUAAUAGCAGCAGUUCCAUGUGUGAGGAUGAGGACUUGAUAAGUGGUGCUGUUUUUGCCGAUAAGUUAACAGAGAGUAAUGCUGGAGGCGAAGCGGACGGCAAUAAUACCAGCAAAUGCGUUGAUAGCAAUGUGGGCGAAUUAAAAUUUGGUGACUUUAAUGAGGAGCCGCCAGCUCAUAAUACCAGUUUCAUAUGCAGCUCCACCUGGUCCAGCUCACAACCAAUUGAUGCGACUAGCUCACAAAGCACUAUGUCUGAAGAUAAUGUAGAUUGUGCACCUAAAAGCAGCACCCAAAAGAUUGAGCCACCCAUUAAAAAGAAUUCCCCCAUUCAUCAGACGAGCAAAAUACCUGGCUCAAUUCAGAAGAUCGCAGCCGUUAAAUUAUCGUUGGCAUCUUCAAAGAGCGCUAGUGUUGGCAAAUUUAUACGGUACAACAUUGAUGAGCUGCGCGAGCUGUCAAAGCUCAGUGAUUCACGGAAGCCUCCGUUAGUACCCUGUCAGAAGGGCGAUUGUAUUGCACAGUUAUUUGUCUCGCGACAAUCGCAGCAACAGCAGCAGCAACACCAUCACGGACACAAUCCGCAUAGCCAGCAGUAUCAACACGCACAUGAAUCGAUGGAGUAUGGCACAGGAAAACGCGGUCGUGGUCAUGGCCAUGGACCGAAUAAGAAACAUCAUGAGGGGCAUCAGCCAAUGGGCGGUAACUCGAGUGCAAAUAGUUCUGGUCCUGGCGGUAUGAGUAGCUCCAAUCAGCGACACAUGGAUAUCAUACGUGUGCAGCUAUCUCUGAAGGAGGAAAUUAAGUUAUCAGAGUGCGAGAAUGCCUGGCAACCGGAAACGUUGCGUCGCAUGUCCAUGUUCAGCACAACGGAGGUAGAUCAAGAUGAUGAUAUGGAUGUGGUACUGAAGAAAGUUCGUGGCAUACUCAAUAAGUUGACUCCUGACAACUUUGAGGUGCUACUGAAAGCAAUGUCCAGCAUCAAUAUGGAUACCCAACGCAAAAUGACAAAUGUUAUGCUGCUUAUCUUUGAGAAGACCAUCAGUGAGCCCAAUUUUGCGCCCACAUAUGCUCGCUUCUGCAAGGUGCUAUUUCAUGAGAUCAAGGCAGAGAACAAAUCUCUGUUUACCAGUUCGUUAAUCACGCGCAUUCAGCACGAGUUCGAGUCGAACGUGAAUGAUGCAAAUGCCAAGGCCAAGAAACUGCAGCCCACCCAAGAGCGUAUCAAUGCGUGCCAAGAUACGGCCAAGAAGAUCGAAUUGCGGGCUGAAAUGGAGGACCUUGAGUAUCAGUUCAGACGUCGUGCCUGGGGCACUGUGCGGUUCAUAGGCGAACUUUUCAAGCUACAAUCACUGACCAGCGAUCGUGUGCUGCACUGUGUUGAGUCGUUGCUGGAACAUGGCUGUGAGGAGAAGCUGGAGUAUAUGUGUAAGUUAUUGACAACUGUUGGUCAUCUGCUGGAAGCCGGCCCGCCCGAACAAUACCAAAGCGGUGCGCGCAUCGAGAAGAUCUUUCGCCGCAUACAAGAUAUUGUUCAACGCUCACGUAGCAGCAACAGUAGCAGUCGGCAGCAUCAGUUUAAUAUUAAAAUAAGCAGCCGUGUGCGAUUCAUGAUGCAGGAUGUACUUGAUUUACGCUCACGUAACUGGGAUCAACCAGUGACAACUCACACGGCCUCUGGCAGUCGACAGCGUCACAAGCAACACGACGAACCCAAGGCGCAACAACAGCAGCAGCAGCAGCAACAGCACAGCUCACGUAGCAGUCAUUUGCCCCAACAACAACAACAACAACAAUCAAACUACCAGUAUCAACAACAGAAGCAACACCAUCACCAUCAUGGUUACAAUGAGAGCGGCAAUUACUUUAUGCAAAAGCUGCCUAAGGCUCAACAGCAUGAAAACCAAUCUCUUAGCAUAGAUCCCAAUAAGCUGCGCUUUAGCAGCAGCAACAAUGACGAUGCAGUGACCGCCAAGCUGGGCAAUUCCUCACAUUAUCAGUGGCGCAACGCUAGCAAUCGUCCGGUCAGUGGUACGCCAGCGACACAACCCAGUUUACUUAAACGCUUGCCGCCAACGAGCUCCUUUACCUAUUCACCUUAUCAGCAGCAAACGGCGACACCGCCAGGUGUACCUAUCGCAGGUACCAGAAAUCAGAAUGCAGAACCGAUCGCUUCGGAAGUUGAAUUUGAUAGGAAACAGUGUCAGGAGCUGCUCACAAAGCUUGUCGAAGAGGUGCUCAGCACACGGGAGUGGCAGCCAGAGGUGCUGUUUAUUUGGCGUAAUUCUAAUGCCAAGCAACAGGCGGCAGCAGCAAUCAUACACUAUAUCCUGAUGGAUUAUGUUCAUCGUGCGGAAGUCAAGCGACAGCAGCGCUUGGCAUGUGCCAAUGCUUUUUCGUAUCUAAUGCAACAGGAGGCUUUGGGCAAAUCCGCUUUUGCCCUGGCGUACAGUCGCUUUGGCGAGGAGUUUCCCGAUCUGCUGGUAGAUGUACCUAAUGGCUGGACCUAUGUGUUUGAGUUUCUCGGACCCAUUAUGCAUGAGGGGGGUAUCGUGUUGAAAGAUAUUUGGCAGCAGCACUGGUUGGAGGAUCCUCAAUUCACCGAACGUUUUGUACGCGCCUUUGUCAGCUACUUUGUGCAAGAAUUUGGCGCCGGAUACACACACAAGCUAUGGCAUAUAGAUAACAAGCUGGAUCGAGGCCAGCUGUUUUGGAGCGAUGCUCGCAAGUAUCGCGACUUUUUGCAGUCGAAUAGCUUUCAAUUUCUGGAGCCCAACAGCACAGCGACAGUUGGUAUGCAGCGGCAAAAGGUUACACGUACCCAGGCGGAGCAUGUGGAGCGGAUAAGCUAUCUGCUGCGGCUGUCUAGUGACACCGCCAUUGACUAUAUUAAUACCAAUGUGCAUAUAAAUGCGAAUUUUGUGCGCCAUCUUACCAAAUACCUUUGCUGCGAUUUCGCGCUAAGCAAUCCAUCAACAAAAAACAAUAACAACAAUCAUAACACAAACCAGAAUAAACUACAAUUGCAACUGAAUGUGGACAGCUUCAGGAGGCAUUGUACUCCGCUAUUGCGGUUAUGCAUUGAUGCGCAGGAGGCGCAUGAGAUCGCAUGCAUUGAGGAGACGGUCGAUGCACUGCAGGAACACUUUAGUCUCGAGUUGGACGAUGAGAUGGCUGCGGGUGAAACAAUCUGUAGCACCUGGAGUGUGCUCUAUGAUUGCGAGGUGAUAUCCCGAGACACCUUUGAGAAAUGGUUCAAGCAGGAAUGUGAGCAUUCCGCUGGAUAUCCUCGAUCUCUAAUGGACAGAUUGCGUGCUUUCAUUGAGGAAAUGUAACAGCCCCACUACCAAUGCACGAACAACCACAAGAACAACAUCGAAGCAAAUCGCAGGCAAAAAAAUAAACAAACCCCAUAUUUAUAUGUAUAUGACAAUUGAAACGGCGCCCUUGGGCCUUUCAAUCAUACACCACGCGCGGUCGUAUAUGCAUACACAUCUAUAAACCAUAACACAUACAAACAGAAACAGAAACAGAAAACACUUCAAAAUUGCAAUCUAAACAAACAAACAAACAAAUG